CUCUUGAGGAAGUUGCGCACAGGUGAACUGACGCACGCGCAGGUGAGUCCCGCCUCCUCCUCAUCAUCACCUUCCUCCACCCGUGUGCGCCCAGGUGCGCAGUGAUCGAGUCGGUGGCGCCUGGAUCGCCGUGUCCCUCACCUCGCCUACCUCGCUCAGCUCAGCUCAGCUCACCUCGCUCAGCUCACCUCACUCAGCUCACCUCACCUCGCUCACCUCACCACGGCUCCCGCUCCAGCCCGAGUCCCAGCGGAGUGCGAGGAGGAGGAGGAGGCACCGCGCCACUCAUGGAGGCCGUCAACCCGGAGCUGUGCUGCAGCCUCCUCGUCUGGGUGACAACAUUCACCGAGAACCAACAAUGUCUCACUGUCGAGGAUCUCGCAGAUGGAGUGGUCCUGUCCGACGUUCUCCAGAAAAUAGACCCAGGGUGGUUUGACGCCGCCUGGGUCACCCGCGUACGGAAGGACGUUGGGGACAGCUGGCGGCUAAAGGUCAGCAACCUGAAAAAAGUUCUGCAAGGCAUUCAAGACUAUUACAGCGAGGUGCUCGGCGUGCAGGUGUCUCCGGCGUGCGUGCCAGACGUGGCGGCGGUGGGGGAGCAUGCCGACCACGUGGAGAUGGGCAGGCUCCUGCAGCUGGUCCUGGGCUGUGCCAUCAACUGCGAGAACAAGCAAGAGCACAUUGAAAACAUCAUGCAGCUGGAAGAGUCGGUUCAGCACGUGGUGAUGGCUGCGAUACAGGAGCUGUUGAGUCGAGAAGGAAUGGGGCCGUCGGUUUCAAUGUCUGCUGCGGAUCUGGAAGCCCUGGAGAACGAGCUGAAGAGGUCAACGGAUGCUCUGCAGGAGACGGAAGCGGAGAAGGCGGAGAUCACGCAACGCUGCCACGUGCUCGAUCAGCAGGCGUCCGCUCUGCUGGAGGAGCGCAACGCCCUGCUGGCCGAGAACGAGGCGCUGGUUGAACGGCUGCACAUGCUGGAGGCCGGGGAGGACUGCGUCGACGGGGGCCCGGGCAGCUCCAGCCGCCGGGGCCUCCUCCACGUGCAGGCCCAGCUGGAGGAGCUGCGAGAGGAGAACUUCCGGCUCGAGGCUGCCAAGGACGAGUGUCGCAUACAGAACGAGCAGCUGCACAGGGAGCUGCUGGACGCGCAGGAGAAGAACGUGGAGAUGUCCUCGCUGGUGGAGGAAACGCAGAUACUCAAGGACGAGAUGGACAUCCUGAGGCACUCAUCCAGCCGUGUGGCGCAGCUCGAGGGCACGGUGGAGUCGUACAGGCGCCGCCUGGAGGAGCUAGGGGAGCUGAGGCGCCAGGUGCGACUGCUGGAGGAGAGGAACGAGGUGUCGCUGACGCGCGCGCUCGGCCUGGAGGACGAGCUGCGUCGGGCCAACGCGACACGUGCCCAGCUCGAGAUCUCGCGCACGCAGGCCAUGGAGCUCCAGUCUCAGCUGCAGAUUGCGUUGAGGCGCGUUGACCAAGCGGAGCUGGAGCUGAAGAGCCUGAGCGAGAAGCAUGAUGCCCUGCUGCAGGAGAAGGGGCGCCUCGUGCUGGAGCGGGAUGCCCUACGGGAGGAGAACGAUGAGCUGCACUGCUCGCAGCUGCACUCGCAGGCCGCCAGUUCCAUGGGUCCUGGGGACAGUCUCGCUGGGGAAAUCCUGCCACUCGAUGUCCAGGAGCAGGUGGCAGGGCUGCAGAGCGAGAAGCGUGCGUUGACGCGCCGGUUGGAGGAGCUGGAGAGGCAGCAGGCGGACGCGCUGAGCGCCCUCGCCACCGACUCGGCGUGCCGGCAUGCCCAGCUGGAGGCCGACAACAGGCUGCAAGGGGAGCAGGUGAGCGCAUUGCAGGCGCGUGUGGAAGAGCUCCAGUCGUCGCUGGCAGAGCAGGUGGAACGCGCCGACAACGCCACUGCUCUCAACAAGAAACUGAACCAUCAACUGGAGACGUUGCAGGAAUCUAGGCGCAAGGAGCCGCAAGAGGAGCAACCCCAGCAGCCGCCGGUUCCUAAAACCUCUGAGCGUGAAGAGGAGCUGGAGUCGUUGCUGCGAAAGAAGACCGAGGACAUGCGCUCCAUGGAGGAGCGCUAUAAGAGAUACCUGGAGAAGGCCAAGCUCGUGAUCCGCACCAUGGAUCCCAAGCAGAGCCCAGAAAUGGCAGCGCUCCGAGGGCAGCUGCUUGAGCGCGAGCGGCAGUUGAACCAACUGCAGAAGGAAAAUGAGCAGAUUCUGGCUCAAAAGCAGGAGGAGGAAAAGCUGAUGACGACUGCUUGGUACAGCAUGGGCAUGGGGCUGCAGCGUCAGUCUGUGCAGGAGAGGCUGGCCGCCAUGGGCGGUACGGAGUGCUCCUUCCUGUCUCGCCAGCGCAGCGUGUCACGUCGCACACCACAGAGCUUCCUGGCCAACCCGGCCACCCCACUGCGCAACCCAGCAAUGUCGCUGCGCAACACCGCACCAACAGAGAGCAACUUGUCCUCCAGGUUCUAAUGCCAAGGUUCUUGUCAGGUGAACUAAACAUCUUACGAACGUGUGACUCAAACUGGAUCCCGAUUGGUGCACGUUGGGAGUAUAAGAGGGUAAAGCUGCAUCUCAGAUAUUGUUCGCUCACAACACUGAGAGUGAAACGGCCUUUGCUGGAGGGAAGCUCUAGAAGAGCCCCACGUUGGAUUAAUUAUAAUGGAGCCAAAAUACAAUUUUAGCAAUAAUACAUUUUUAGAAAAAUUUAAGUAACAUGAUCAUGGUUGUUAACCUAUAAAUAUACUUCAUAAAUAACUGUGUUUGAUCAGUUGCCACCAUUCAUUCAUUAUUAAAGAAAGCAAUUAUCUAAAACACUGGAAUUAUUUUCCCAAAUAUAUUUUGGAAAGCUUCCAAUUCCUUGACUUGGUAAAUCUUGUGAUGAACUUUUUAGUUGUGAUUGUGCAUCCUCAACUUCAGCGUCUUAACAUUUUCAAGGAUUUCAAUAAGAAAGAUAUUAAUAUUAAUUUGAGGGGGUUUUUUAAUGGAGCAUAUACAAUCCUUAAAAGCAAUAUAUAGGAAUAUGCUAGAUUUUAAUUUCAGUGACAAUCCAUUAUUGUUUUAAAAUCUCCAUAAAUACUUAAAAAACAAUAAAAAUGCAAUGGUUUACAGUUUGGCAGAAUUAAUUUUAAAAUCAACAUACGUUUGUAAAUUACCUUUUUAACGCAAGUUUAUUUGCCUUAAGAUAGACAGCAAUUUUAAUUAAAAAAACUGCAAUAUCAUACACGUGACCCUACAGAGGAACCAUCUCUAUUAAGCUCUUAAUGUUUUGAUCUUGUCAAUGACACGAAGUACAACAUGGACUGAAUGUGCAUGCGGAACGUGGACUUAAUUUAUACCUCUGUGAAAACGAAGGACAACUAAUCAACAAAGCAUUUCUAUAUUUCCCUGGCAUCCUACACUGGAUAUUUUUUUAUGCAAAAUGUGUGUAAGUUGUCUAGAUGUAUGUCACUGUUAAUUUAGUUAUACAUGUCUGUUUUAAUAGAAACACUUAAGUAGUUUUAUGACGCGGUUUGUAUGGUAAUUAAAACACGCUCAUCAAGCUGAAAUUGACCCAAAUUAUAAUAUAUUUUGUACAAUUGUCUUCAGAGCACCGGUGUUGUAUAUUGAUUGAAUGAAUAUUUUAGAUUCAGUAUUGUAACAUGUUAUAUAAUAAACACCUGUUAUAAAUGA